CGGUUAAGACAAGUAACAAUUGUUUCUCGCAGAAUAUUUUCCAAACUAUGCCGAGAGUAUUCCCGACGGAGAAACGUGCAUCGCUUUAUCGAAAGCAGCUAAGGAGAACAACGUUUAUGUGGUCGGUGGUACGAUACCUGAAAGAGAUGGUGAUAAAUUAUACAAUACCUGCACUGUUUGGGGUCCCGAUGGAGCUUUGAUAGCGAAACACCGGAAGAUACACUUAUUCGACAUCGACAUGCCUGAUAAAUUUACUUUCCGCGAGAGUGAUUCGCUCAGUUCUGGUAACUGUCUGACGAUGUUCGAUGUGAAGGGCUGCAAAAUAGGUAUUGGCAUUUGCUAUGACAUUAGGUUCGAGGAAAUGGCUCGCAUUUAUCGGAACAAAGGUUGCCAAAUGCUGAUAUAUCCGGCGGCGUACAAUAUGACCACCGGGCCAUUGCACUGGUCGUUACUUCAACGUUCCAGAGCGAAUGACAAUCAAUUAUACGUGGCUGGUGUUUCACCAGCUCGUGUUCCUUCAGCCAGUUACGUCGCAUGGGGUCACACACAGCUGACAAGUCCGUGGGGAGAAGUUCUUCAUGAUCUGGAAACUCAGGAGACUAUGCUAGUCGCCGAUAUCGAUCUAAAGCUUGUCGAGGAAGUAAGAGCUCAAAUACCUACAUUUUCUCAGAGACGUACCGAUUUAUACGACACCAUCUGGAAGAAAGAUUAACUCAAACAGCAGAAAAUGUCCUGUAAUACUUAAUUACACAGAUUUCUAUUUUUUUUUUUUUUUUAUAAAUCAUUUGUAAUAAAUGAAUACAACACAAAAGAAAAACAAAAUCGAAACAAUAACCCUUUUGUAUACCCUAUAAUAUAUCAUUCCAUGUUGUGACGAUUUAUAAACAAUAUAAAUAAUAUAAGAGUAACUUUUGUUCAGGCAUGUAAUAACGCAAGAAAUAAAUAUAUAACAAUAAAUAAAUUACAGGCGUAUGUAAAUACAUAUGUAUGUAAUAAAAAGAACACGAAAAUUGUUACUUUUAAAUAUCUUUAAUAUACGAUCAAAUAAACUGUUAUAAUCGGUAAUGAAUUGAGAGUGAUCACUCGUACAUAAAAGGCCCCUCGAUGAUCGAAUGACGUGACUUCACGAUCAAAAGGUAAUUUUUUUUUUUUUUAUAGCAAUAUUAAAUCUAAAAGUCGAUCUAGGUAUUUACAUUCAGAUUAGAUGAAUAAACUCUCUUUAUAUGGAAACACGUUUGAAGUUCGAAGUUACAAGCUUAAGAGAAAUUGGUCGAUUUAAUAGAACGCCUCGCCUCAAUGGUACGUUAUUAAACAUGGCGAUGCCGCUAAUUCAGAAAGGGGCGGAAGGGAGGGUUGGGAAAUUCGGGGGAAAUAGCCGAUGGUUGUCGGCUAUUCGCCAGCUGGAAACGGUUCACGGUUUGUCUUCUCGAGAAAGAAGAUAAAUAAAAGCAACACGCGAACGAUCGUCUCUCCUCUUGCUUCUGCUUUUGUUCCUUUUCUCUUCGAGGAGCGAAUCGGGUCACAGGUGAACAAACGGGUGCGCAGAUAGACGCCAAACUGUGAGAAAUUGCGUUCUCUUGGUCAACACGUUUCGCGUUUCUAGCGCGCGACUGUCAAAAAUUCCUUUUCGGAGGGGAAUGAAAAAGAGCGAACAGAAGACAGAGAGCAAUCGAUUCGAGCGUAGCACGAACAA